UAUACACUGUUGCCCAGCCAGUGUCAAGGAACAACAAUGUCGAGAGAGAAGAGGAGGCGAGAAGCACUAGAGGUGGACGAGAGCGAGACGACCGAGAACUACGAAUACGCGGUGAAGAUCAUGCGGAGGUUGCUGCAAUCGGUAGGCAUGUGGCCAGUCACUUCGCCCACCUACCCCAACUUCCUGCGCUUAUUCUUGAUUGCGGCGGUGUGCUUUCUGCUCGCGUUCUACAUGAUACCAGGAGUGUUGCACACGCUUCUUGUGGUGAAGGGCUUUCGAGCGCGAACACGUAACCUCGGUCCUCUAGCAUUUGGCUUAACGAACCUCAUCAAAUUCGGAAUCCUGGUACUGAGGAAAAAAGAUUUUCGCGAGUGCUUAAACUGGUUGUCCACCGACUGGCGAAUGACGAGGAAGCGCGUGGAGAACGAGCUGAUGCUUGCGAGCGCCAGGACGGGGGUGACGUUCACGACGAUGUGCGCGUCAUUUAUGUUGAUCAGCGGUAUGUCGUACAGCAGUGUCUUCAGCUUCAUACAGGAUCGCACCAUCAUCAACAACGUCUCCUACAAGGCCUUCGCCUAUCCAGCUCAUUUCGUGUUUUUCGACCCCCAGGACCACUUCUACAAAAUAUACGUGAUACAGUCGAUGUGUGGUAUGGCAGCGUUCACGACCACGGCCGCCGUGGCGAGCAUCGCCUCCGCGAUCACCAUGCACGUAUGCGGCCAGAUAUCCGUCAUAUCUUACAUGCUUCACAAUCUCGCCAGCGGCACUUUCAACAGGGAGAUUUUUCGCUACAUCGUGGACAAGCAUCUUCGCGCGUUAAGACUCGCUAAUAAAUUGGAGAAUUUGCUGAGCGGCAUAUGUUUGGUAGAGUUUAUGGGCUGUUGCUUUCAAAUCUGCGUCUUGGGAUAUUACACCAUUACGGAGUUUUCAGUGCGCAACUUGGGGCCGUACACUUAUUGCUUUCUGGUCGCCUCAUUUACAUUCGAUAUUUUCACAUUCUGCUACAUCGGGGAACAGCUGUCCGAGCAGUGCAACAACGUUGGAAAUGUCGUGUACAAUAUCGACUGGUAUUGCCUAUCUCCUGCGGACACUCGGGGCCUUCUCAUGAUAAUUAUGUCGGCCAAUCGUCCUGUGGUCCUGACAGCCGGAAAAAUGGCCAUUCUUUCGAUGCGCAGCUUCUCAACCGUUUUGAAAGCAUCCAUGUCGUACUUGAAUAUGCUUCGGACUGUGAGUGGUCGAGCUUGCAAUGUUUCAAGCGUCAGUCGUCUCCCCGCAUCUGGCCAACUCUCAUCGAUCAAGCUUCUCUAUACAGUGUUGCCCAGCCAGUGUCAAGGAACAACAAUGUCGAGAGAGAUGAGGAGGCGAGAAGCACUAGAGGUGGACGAGAGCGAGACGACCGAGAACUACGAAUACGCGGUGAAGAUCAUGCGGAGGUUGCUGCAAUCGGUAGGCAUGUGGCCAGUCACUUCGCCCACCUACCCCAACUUCCUGCGCUUAUUCUUGAUUGCGGCGGUGUGCUUUCUGCUCGCGUUCUACAUGAUACCAGGAGUGUUGCACACGUUUGUUGCGGUGAAGAGCUUUACAGCGCGAACACGCAACCUCGCCCCACUUUCUUUUGGCUUGAUGAACAUCAUCAAAUUCGCAAUUCUGGUACGACGGAGAACCGAUCUACGCGAGUGCUUAGACUGGUUGUUGUACGACUGGUGCAACACGAAGAUACGCAUUGAAAACGAGCUGAUGCUCGCGAGCGCCAGGACGGGAGUGACGUUCACGACGGCGUGCGUGUCGUUCAUGUUCAUCAGCGGUAUGACGUACAGCAGUGGGUACAGCUUCAUACAGGAGCGGCCCGUUGUCAACAACGUCACCUUAAGGGUUAUCGCCUAUCCAGCUCAUUUCAUGAUUUUCGACCCCCAGGACCACUUCUACAAAAUAUACCUGAUACAGUCGAUGUGCGGUUUGGCCGCGUUCACCACCACCUCCGCCGUGGCGAGCAUCGCAAUUGCGAUCACCAUGCACGUAUGCGGCCAGAUAUCCGUCAUAUCUCACUUGCUUCAUAAUCUCGCCAGCGGCACUUUCGACAAAGAAAUUUUUCAGUAUAUCCUGGACAAACAUCUUCGUGCGUUAAGUUUGGCUAAUAAAUUGGAGAGCUUGCUGUGCGGCAUAUGCUUGGUGGAGGUUGCGGGAUGUUGUUUUAUAAUCUGCACCGUGGGAUAUUAUCUUAUCACGGAGUUUACGGGUAGCAACUACGGGCCAUAUAUUUAUUGCUUAUUGCUAGUAACAUUCACAUUCGAUAUUUUCACGUUCUGCUACAUCGGGGAACAGCUUUCCGAGCAGUGCAGCAACGUUGGAACUAUUGUGUACAAUAUCGACUGGUAUUACCUAUCUCCUGCGGACACUCGGGCUCUUAUCAUGAUGAUUCUAUCGGCGAAUCGUCCAGUGGUCCUGACAGCCGGUAAAAUGACCAUUCUCUCGAUGCGCAGCUUCACAAACGUUAUGAAAGCUGCAUUAUCUUACUUGAACAUGCUUCGGGCUGUAGGCGUCCGUUAAAUCGACUGUCCGAAUAAUAUAACUGUAACAUGUGUAUUUUACGUCACGAUCUUCGGCUCAGCCUUUUAGUUAUUGUUCAAGCAUAACACUCAUUUAUAAAAUGAUAGAUUAUAUAUUUUCAAUAUAAAAUUUACGUAUUUAUUCUCCGGGGCUAAGUUAUUGCCCAGGCAAUUUUAUUACAUUAUUGUUACAACUUUGGUUAUUACCAAGAUUAA